AUGGAGGAGGCACCCGGCACCCAACAGCAGGCUCAGCCCGGCGCCGGCUCUGCCUCCUCCGCGGGGGCAUCUGCCACAUCUGCCCCUGCGCCUGCUUCCAUCCCCGCGUCCGCACCGUUGCCCAGCUCCGCCCCUACGCCAUCUGCGUCUGGUAGCUCUGGCGCCGGCCAGUUGUCUAAAAGAAGGAGGGGCUUGGGAGUCGUUACGCCCAAUGCUUGCACCGAGUGUCGCAAGAAGCGCGCCAAGUGCGACGGCCAGAAGCCAUGUGGCCGCUGCAAGGCCCAGAAAGACGUAGAGUGCGUCUACGAGAUUCCAGUUCGCCAAUCCAAGGAGCACCUUCGAAGCGAAAUCGAGCAGCUGCGCCACCGCCAGCGAUCCAGCGACCAGGUUAUCGCCGCCUUGGUACGCUCCGAUAUGUGGGAGGAUGUGUUGCAACGCCUGCGGAACGGCCAAUCCCUAGAAUCAGUCUCGGAAUGGCUAGGUGGUACGCUUCCCUCAGGCGGCGGUUCAAGAACAUCUCUCAGCCGCCCUACCGAGCAAGCUGGCGACGCAACCGCCGGCUCAGGUGCCCGCCCAGGGUUUCCAGGAUCGACACCAGCGCCAAUUAGAACGAGAAACCUCGGAGGUCCUGGAUCUGUGACCAUGAGCCCUAUUACUGGGCAAUCUAACUUGCGUCAGGAUAUCGAUCCCAACAGCCCGUGGCACCUUUCGUCGCACAGCCAGAGCACCAGGAGCAAUUCACAUCCUGAUGUGAUGAACUGGAGUGCAGACACCAAUAAGCCGCCACAGGGUCUGUUUGACACAUGGGGAGAGUCAACGAGCAACACUGAGACUUCAGAAGGCGGAUCCAAGUAUCAAGGCCUCGACCAGGUGCUCGCACCGCUUGAGCUGCCCGAUAUGAAGCUGCCCCCCGAGGACUGGACAAACAUUACCGAUGAUGGCUCUCUUGUGCAGCACCUUCUCGCCCUGUACUUCUGCUGGGAGUAUCCAACCUUUGCAUCACUGAGCAAAGAGCACUUUCUUAGGGAUUUCCAAAACGGCGUUCAUCGUUAUUGUUCACCCAUACUGGUAAAUGCGCUCUUGGCUUUGGGUUGCCGAUUCUCUAGCAAAUCCAGCACGAGAGCGAACCCCAGCGAUCCAUACACCUCCGGAGACCAUUUUUUCAAGGAAGCCCAGCGUCUAUUCUAUCUCGAGGAAAACCACCAUAGCCUGACCACCAUCCAAGCUCUCGGUAUCAUGUCGAUAAGAGAGGCAAGCUGCGGCCGAGACUCGGAGAGUUGGUACUAUGCAGGGCAGAGCAUUCGUUUAGCCAUUGAGAUGGGUCUCCACCAGUUGGAAGAAGAUGGAGACGAUGAUGAGUUUGCAGUGCAGGCUGCCACUUUCUGGGGUGCCUUUGCGCUUGAUCAGUGA